AUGAUAAGUCUGGACUCGGCCCCGAAUGGCCUCUCCUCUGCAUCUGCCCAGGAUGCAGAGGGCCUGUCCUUCCUUUCUUCGUCAAGUGUCUCUACAGCUGGCUCGACGGCAGCAUCCUCUGGCCGAGGCCCCGGAGGCUACAUGCCUCCUUCCCUCGAUUAUUCGUCAUCUCCGUCCUCUGCUCCCGCGUUUGUGCAACGCUGGUUUGCGGGUGCCAAAAACCCGACAAUCUGCUUCUUCCAUCUCCUGUUCAAAGUCGCAGCACUUGCAGUAUACGUCGCCGGUGGCUGUCUCCUGCUCUUUCUCGGUGACGGAGAGAUCUUCAUCUUUGUCGCGGCUCUCGUGCUUCUCGUUCUCGACUUUUGGACGGUCAAGAAUGUCUCUGGCCGAAUCUUGGUUGGCAUGCGCUGGUGGAGCUGCGUCGACGCUGAAGGGAACAAUCAGUGGAUUUUCGAGCGUGCACAGGAUGGACGCGAAGUGAACGCUGUGGAAUGGCGGGUUUUUUGGUUCGGCAAUUACGCCUGGUUGGCCAUCUGGCUGAUUCUGUCGAUCAUGAAAUUGCUGGAAUUCCAGCUUUUCUGGCUGCUUCUCUGCGUUGUCGGGUUGACCUUGGCGGCGACGAACGUGAUGGCAUACCGCCGCUGUUCGGCCUCAGGAGAUUCGACUCAAAGCGCCAGUCUCCCAGGACUCUCGAGUUUCGCCCAAAUGCCCCAGGCGGCAGGCUCCGCCGCGGAAGGAUUGCGAAACUGGUUGGCCGCGCAGGCAGGAUCUGCAGCCGUUCAAAACGUGCUCGGCCGAGUUGGAUUAGGCUUCCACGGGGCAGGACGAGGAUUUGGGUACUGA